AGCCCCUCACACUUCCUCCUCUUCCCUCUCUGCCCCAGUGUGCAUUCCCAUGGAGGACGUACCCAGGGUCCAGGGCACCUGCAGACCUCAGGGGACCCAGGAGACCGAGACAUCUGAUGAGAUCCCCCCUGAGGCCGUGCAAGAGUACAUGGACAUCAUGGAUGAGCUGGAGGGGCUGGCCCACUCAGCCACAGGGGACAAAGGUGGAGAACGGGAAGAGGACAGAAAGGAGUUGCAGCAGGGACAGGAUGAGACUCACCUGGACCUGGGUCUCCUGAACUACAUUGAAUACCUGUGUUACCAGGACGACUAUGUCACCAAGGUGGGCUGGCUCAGAGCUCCGGGGUCUACAGGAUUCCAGGGAGUGGCACUGCAGCACCCAGAACUGGGAUGUAUGUGUGUGUGUGUGUGUGUGUGUGGUGUGCUAUCUGUGUGCAUGUGUGGGCUUGCCCUCUUGUGUUUGUAUGUGUAUGUGUUCUUAUGUGAGUGUGUGUAGCUGAGGACCAAGAGGAUAUAAAACACCCACCUUGUACAAGAGGGUGGGGUGGGUCUUUGCUUUUCCACUUUUCCUCCAGGUUCUGCUCACUCACAGGUUACUCACAGCCUCGUCCUUUUGUCCCAGGUGGAGGCCAUUCCAGACCAACUUCUGAAACAAGUGGUUUCCAUAGAAGCAAUGCUGGACUUCCUGCCCGAAGCUGAAAAGAUGGCACAGC